UUCCAAAAAUCAUUCUAUUUCUGUAAAAUAACAGGCCGAUAAUACCAAACAAUAGGAUAGGAGUACAAGUAUUUGAAUAACAAUACGUUUGUUUGUGGAAAUUAAAUUAUGUUUUGUCGUGUCAUUAAUCGCUAUACUAUAAAUAGACCAUUGUUCUGAAUACGCUAACAUGUCUCCACUCUUUGCAGAAUUAACUCUUUGGUAUCGGAUCAGAAUGUCAACACUGUCAUGUUCUUUUGACAGUUCAGCACAUUUAGUGCAGUAAGAUCAAAAUACUUCAAUUACCAGUUUUUACACCAUUAAUUGUAAAAUUAAUAUGAGUAGCUACCUGCGAGGUUAUGAACGGGGAGAAAGUUUGGAGAAGUUUAUAGAUAAAACGAUCCGGCCACCAAAUGAUUUUAAAGAGCGUGUAAAUCACACGGUAGAUCAAGUAGUUCGAUAUUUACACAGAAUGCCUGGUUACAGUAUUCAGGAAGUCGUCAAGAGUGGUUCGUUGGGAAAGGGAACAUCUAUUCUGAGUGAUGCUGAUGCUGAUAUGGUGGUUUUCUUCAAUGGUUAUACGGAUAUGGAGAGUUUGAUUGCAGAUAAACCACAAAUUAUUCGGGAUGUCAGGAAAUAUAUGUGUAAUCCCGACCCAGUAUUGUAUAGAUGGUUAUUUCCGUCAAAACCCGAAUGGAUGGACUCAAUACAUGUGUUAAAAUGUAACGAAUAUUUAAUCAAGUUUAUGGUAUAUGUUCCGUACAAGGGUAGAAGUGAGUCUGUUGAAGUCGACGUUCUACCUGCAAUAUAUGUAGUCGCCAAACAUGGUGAGGAUAUGCAGUCUGUUUAUCGAGAAAUGCAAAAUAAAUCAAGUGAUGUCAGGAGCCAUUACUCCGUUUGUUUCUGUAAACAACAAUUGGCAAUGAUUCGACCUAAACAAGCUAAAGUUAAAGACUUGAUUCGUUUACUUAAAUACUGGUACAAGACUAAUGGGCUAACGAUGGCGUCGUAUUGUUGUGAGGUAAUGGGGCUGUAUAUUUAUGACGAACAUCUGAACAGUAAAACUAACUUUAAAAUGAAAACUGGUUUUUAUAAAGCUAUGGAGUUAUUUAGUUCCUAUAGACAGCUACAGAUCACAAUACCUGGAAUCUAUAGCACACGUAAUUGGUCAAGUUACUUCCCUGAAACAACGUAUGUUCUUGAUCCAGUUAAUCCCUUCUCUGACACAUCUUCACAUGACGUCCACAGUAUAGAAAGAUGUGCUCGGGACACACUGAAUUGGUUAGAAAAUGUACCAAUGGCAUCCGAGGGUUGUGGUGUGUUAUCUAAAACCGGAGCUGUAGUGGUAGUUGCUGUCACUGUUGUUAUUUUACUACUGAUUUUUGGCAGUCUCUAAUUGUGUUAACGAAUCGUGUAUUCUUUUGUUCACAUUCUGUACUAUCCACGAAAAUACUAAUCAUACAAUAGACAAUACCAAUGCCGCAAUCUGGUUAUAUACUAUUACAUAAAACAAUCAGCUGUCUAAAAUACAAAUACCGAUAUCUAGUUAUAUACUAUAACAGGAAACAAUAAGCUGUAAAAAAUACAGAAGAAUUAAGUAAAUGUACAUUUGUAUCAAUCAAUCGUUCGAAAACAAAAUCAAUGCUGAUUUCAUGAAAACACAAAAAGAAAUGAGAAAAAUCUAACUUUAUCACUUCAUGGUGAGAAAAUUGAGACGGUUACUACCGCAAAAUUACUUGGAAUUCAAAUUGACUAAGACCUUAAUUGAGAAGCACAGAUACCACAUUUGUCUAAAAAAAACUUGCAUCAAAAGUAUUUCUGCUAAAUAAGAUAAAAGAUCAGUUUGUUUUAUAACAGUUAUAUACUACCAAUAUUUGACUAUUGCUCUAUUAUUUGGGGGAAUGCUACCAAAAGUAGAUUAGACAUUCUUUUAAAAUUACAAAAGAGGGCAGCACGAAUUAUUCUUGAUGCACCAAUUGAAACUCCGUGUACCUCUUUAUUUACUAAACUUGGUUGGCUUACCCUUACACAGAGGAUUCUUUAUAAUAAAAUUGUCUUAUCAUUCAAAAUUAUUACAUUUAAUACACCACUUUAUCUAAACUCCUAUUUUAUUGAAAAAUCUCUUGUUUCCAAAACUGAUAUCUUGCUCCGUUCACAGACCAGUAAAUCUCUUUUCCUUCCGAAAUGCAAAACGGAAUCCAUGAAACGUACUUUUCAUUAUUCUGCAUGUAUUUUAUGGAACAAUCUUCCUUUUUAUAUAAAGAUGUGUAAAAAUGUUCAAAAUUUUAAGGUUAAACUGAAAACUCAUUUAUAUUGAACACUAAAGUAAGCUUACUCUUCCGGACACCUGUUACCACUGUUUGUCGUGUAAUUUGUACACGAGGAGCAGUCCAUUUGCUGAUUACACUAUUUUGCUUGAAUAAACUAUUUUGCCUAUAACGUUUUUUAGGACUUCGAAUUCUGUCUUAUGGUUUGGAUUGUUCGUACUUGGUUUUAUUUUAAUUCAACUGAUGACAUACUUAUAUUUAACUUGCAACUGCAUUCUAUCUUAUUUGGUGUGUAAUUAUAGUGUUCUUCCUAUAUUUUACUUGUAUAGUAUAUAUGUUUUGUAGUUUAGUAGUGACUUCCCAAAAUUCUCACUUUAAAAUGCUAUUGUAUUUCAAAUGUUUUUGAAUUUAUCCUGAUAGUACAUAUGUGUCUUUGUAGCUUAGGAGGGACUCCUGGAUGAUUGGGUUUUUUUUGCAAACUAAAUAAGUUGCCUCAUUAAAUAAAGUUUUUAUUAUUAAUAUUA